AUGGAAGAAUUCUAUAAAAACCCAUUCCGUCGUGAAUUAGAUUUCAAUGAACUUUGUUAUGCCAGCGUAAACUCCUUUCCUGUGGAUAAUCCAUCUCCAUCCACAGCAACAACAGCCCUCCCAACAACAACAACAACAGCAGCAGCAGCAACAGUAAUGGGAGGAAUCUCAGAAAACUUAAAAGAAAGUGAAUUCCUCGGUGUAUCUUCUGCGCUGCGGUAUCAAACACAAUUAAGUGAGGCUCUGCGGGCGAACAGUACACUCCGCGCCACAUAUGAAACGCACAUUGAGGCCCAACGCCAAGAAAUGGAACGAUUGAGUGAUGAAAAUAAUAAACUUCUUAAGAAGUUAACAAGACUAGAGACAGACUUGCGAUCAUUGGUAUUAGAGAAGGAGUGUGCGGCAUUAGCGUAUAGGCGAGAAAUAGAAAAGAAUGCCACACUAGAGGGAAAGAUUAGAUCACUGGAGGCCGAAUUAAACUCACUAGAGCAGCGCACAAGGGAAUUAAGUGCAGCUUAUAAUGGAACUUCACGUCAGAUAGAUACACCCGGUUCUCUUGUACAGACCAGAGCAUCUUCUCACUAUCAAUAUCCCCAACAACAACAACAUCAACAACAUCAUCAACAGCAGCAUCAUCAACAACAACAGGAAUUCACUCCAUCACAUGAGAAGGAUAGAUUACUGUAUACACCAGAGCCACUUCGGUAUGGAUCACAACGAAAGGAUCGUCCUUACGAUACCAAUGCUGGCAGCAGUAAUAGUAAUAUUAAUACCGCCACACCGGUGGGUCUACCGCGAACAGAUCCCGUCACGCCUGUUUCUCACACGAGUGGGCGAAGACUGCAGGGGAAUGCGGGAAAUGGGAAUAAUAGAUCCAACAACACACAGCGUGUGGAUGAGAACCGAGCGACGAAUAUUAAACAACUAGAACAGCAAUUGCUGCGGGAGUGUCAGAAGAAGGAUGAACUUGAGCGGGAGUUGCUGAGAAUGGAAUCGACGCGGGUCCGCAGUGGAUCUGAUCGGGCAAAGAAGAUAUCGUUGGAACGGGCUCUCGCAGCUGCCCAACAUGCAGUGAGUGACACUCGCAUGAAACUGCGAGCACUCUCCGCAUUGGUGCGCUGA